GUCACUUCCUUCCCCCAGAGUGCUCCUUCGUUCCGAAGCUCCUCCUAGGGUUCAGUCAGGACGGGCAGGCGGUACGUGCGGCAGAAAGAGAAGGAGGGAGGGAGAAAGAGAGAGAAAGGAGAGGAGAGGGAGACGCCAGGGUAAGUUAGGAACAUCAAAAAGGCAGGCUGGAGCCAUGCCUCUGAGGGAGUUUUUGUUUGGGGUUGGGGAGAGUGUAAGUUAAUCUGUCGUCAGUGUUGAAGGGAGUUGUAGGGACUGGAGUUGAAGAGUGGAACGGAGGGGGGGGCGGAAUGGAUGGGGGAGGAAGCAGGGUGUCUCACGAAGGUCAUAGUUGUGUUUGGGGAAGACGUUUUUUUUCCUGGUUCUGCACAAAGUCUUUCCUGUGAUUGAAGCAGACCUUCGAGGGAUCCUGGUGUAAACAUGCUAGCCCGCGCCUGUGGAUGGGCUUAUGAUGAGUCUUUGCAUGGAGCUCCAGUUUGAGAGGCUGACUAGGGAACUGGAGGUGGAAAGACAGAUUGUGGCCAAUCAGCUGGAACGAUGCAGACUGGGAGCGGAGUCGCCAGGCGCUGCUAGUGGCAGCUCAUCUGAGAAGUCCCUCCCCUGGAGAUCUGCAGAUGUCUCCACCUCGGGGGACACCAGGUCUCGGCUGACUGACAGCUCUCAGUCUCCCACCUACCGCCUGAGAACAGAGCAGGAGCAGGUGGCCCUGUACUCCCCAGAGCAGACCUCUCUCCAUGAAAGGUCUACAGGGAACUCCCGUAGCUCCACCCAGAUGAACUCGUACUCGGACAGCGGCUACCAGGAUGCCGGCAGUUAUUAUGGUAGCCAGAACCACAGUCGCCCAGCCAAGGCAGAGCUGAGGAUGCAGCACUCAUACCCGGGCCCAGGCGGAACCUCCACCCUCCUGAGGAAUGCCAGGGCCGAGGGCCAGGCCAAGGUCCAGCAGGUCCCUGUGUUGAGCGCCGCAGCGCCUGGUCGAGCCAUGAGGAGGGUGAGCUCGGUCCCCUCCAGGACCCAGUCCCCGACCUACAGCAGCAGUGUGUCCCCCUCACGCGGAUCCCUGAGGGCCGCCACCGGUAGCAACUACGGCUCCCCUAUCGUGACGGAGCCCAAGCCUUUAUCGAGCAUCUUCUCCACCACCCUCCCCUCAGCCCAGCGUGCCGGCUCCCCUUACAACACCGCCAAAAGCUCCCCCGCCGCACUGCGCCGCAUGGGCAGCGCCAACUCCCGCUCGGGCAGUGCCAGCCGCACAACCUCGCCCUACCAGGUCUUGGCCGCGGCGUCGGGGUCGGGUCGCAUGGGCUCGCCCCUCACCAUGACUGACGGCCCACUCGCCCAGCAGCCGGGCGGGCUGUCGGGGUCUCCGGCGCGCUCCAGCAUGACCGCUCAGCCGCAGCACUACGGCUCCACCCUGCCUCGAUCCCUGAUCCACCACGACGCAGACCCCUACGGAGUCCAGAAUUACGACGUCUACGAGAGGAUGAUUCCACGGCCGGACAGCCUCACAGACCCUCUGGAUGGUGAUGACCUUCAAGGCAUGCGGAGCUCGUACGCCAGUCAGCACAGCCAGCUAGGCCAGGACAUGAGGUCAGCCAUGUCCCCUGACCGUCACAUCACGCCCAUCUACGAGGACAGGGCCUACCAGGGGCCCCUGUACCACAGCGCUAACCCCCAGGGACCAGUGGACCUCAACCCCGCCUCGCAGAGCGCCAUCUACAGGAGCCCAUCAGUCGUGGGCACCCUUCAGAGAACCUCCAGUCAGCGCGGUGCCAUGACCUACCAAAGAAGCAACUACGCUCUGAACAUGUCGGCCACGUACGCCGAGCCCUACCGCUCUGCCCAGUACCGGCCCUCUGAGGGCAACUACGCCCGACAGCCAGUCGCUAUGGACGAUGGGGCCACCCGCUCGCCAUCCAUCGACAGCAUCCAAAAGGACCCGAGGGAGUUUGCGUGGCGUGACCCAGAGCUUCCAGAGGUGAUUCACAUGCUGCAGCACCAGUUCCCCUCAGUCCAGGCCAACGCCGCCGCUUACCUGCAGCACCUGUGUUUUGGAGACAACAGAGUCAAGGCCCAGGUGUGCCGUCUAGGGGGCAUCAAACACCUGGUGGACCUGUUAGAUCACAAAACUCUGGAGGUCCAGAGGAACGCCUGUGGAGCUCUGAGGAAUUUGGUCUACGGGAAAGCCACUGACGACAACAAGGUGGCCGUGAGGAAUGCAGGAGGUGUCCCCGCCCUGCUAAGACUGCUGAGGAAGACUGUGGACGCUGAAGUCCGAGAGCUGGUCACAGGGGUGUUGUGGAACCUGUCCUCCUGUGACUCCGUCAAGAUGACAAUCAUUCGGGAUGCCUUAACGACUCUGACAAACACUGUGAUCAUACCCCAUUCCGGAUGGAGCAGCUCAACGUUUGACGACGAACACAAGCUCAAAUUCCACUCGUCUCUGGUUCUGAGGAACACCAGUGGUUGUCUGAGGAACCUGAGCUCAGCCGGUGAAGAGGCUAGAAAACAGAUGCGCUCCUGUGAGGGGCUGGUGGACUCUUUACUCUAUGUCAUAAAGGCCUGUGUCAACACCUCGGACUUUGACAGCAAGAUUGUGGAGAACUGUAUUUGCACUCUGAGGAACCUGUCGUAUCGCCUGGAGCUGGAGAUGCCGCCGUCAAAGUUGCAGGGAGCCCAGGAACUAGAUGGUCUGCUAGGCUCUGAGUCUCCCAGUAAGGACGUGGACUCCAGCUGUUGGGGCAGGAAGAAGAAGAAGAAGAAAAAGGACUCCCAGGAAGACCAGUGGGACGGAGUGGGCCCUAUCCCCGGCUUCUCCAAGACCCCCAAGGGGGCUGAGAUGUUGUGGCAUCCAGCCGUGGUGAAGCCCUACCUGAUGCUGCUGGCUGAGAGCUCCAAUCCUGCCACUCUGGAGGGCUCAGCGGGCUCCCUACAGAACCUCUCUGCCGGGAACUGGAAGUUUGCGGCAUACAUCCGAGCGGCGGUGCGCAAGGAGAAGGGUCUUCCCAUCCUGGUGGAGCUGUUGAGGAUGGACAACGACAGGGUGGUCUGCUCCGUGGCCACCGCUCUGAGGAACAUGGCCCUGGACGUCCGGAACAAGGAGCUCAUAGGGAAGUAUGCAAUGAGGGACCUGGUGAAUCGUCUUCCCGGGGGGAACACCACCCAGCUAUCUGAUGAAACGGUGGCGGCCAUCUGCUGCACCCUGCAUGAGGUCACCAGCAAGAACAUGGAGAACGCCAAGGCGCUUGCCGACACGGGCGGCAUUGAGAAGCUGGUCAACAUCACCAAGGGCAAGGGAGAGAGGUAUUCCAUGAAGGUGGUGAAGGCUGCUGCUCAGGUUCUCAACACACUGUGGCAGUACCGAGACCUGAGGGCCAUCUAUAAGAAGGACGGAUGGAACCAAAACCACUUCAUCACCCCGGUGUCCACUCUAGAGCGGGACAGGUUCAAGUCUCAGCCCACCCUCCCUACCAGCACCAUACAGAUGUCACCAGUCAACCAGUCAGCUGGUAGCGUAACCUCGUCUCCUGCAAUGCUAGGAAUUAAAGAAAAUCCUUCUGAUUAUCAGAGGGCACAGUCAACUAUGCAAUUUUAUAACAACCAAGGGGACAACAAUGUACACAAAUAUCAAUAUACAGGGUCAGGAAAGCCCUCACCGUAUUAUAUUGGGUCCUACACUUCGCCAACAAGAGAAGACCCCAGAAGAGCACAGCAGCAGGUCUACUACACUGAGGAGCCCAGCAGGCGGAACUAUGACACCUACAGAAUGUACCUGCAGUCCCCUCACGGGUACGAGGAUCCCUACAUCGACGACGUGGUCACUUUCCCCCCCACGGCAGACUACAGCUCUCAUGGCCACGGACUGAAAUCCUGCACAAACUAUGUGGACUUUUACUCUACCACACGGAGGCCUUCCUACAGGGCGGAGCAGUAUCCCGGGUCGCCAGACUCCUGGGUAUAGGGACUCCAUCUUGGAACCCAACUGAUGAACUGUUCCAUAGACUUUUACCUGUGUGUUUGUUUUAAAAAAAAAAAAGAAAAUUGAAUCUGAGAGUGGGGUUCGAGGUGAUGGCUGAGGGCAGAGGGAGAAAUAGAAUGUUAGCCAAAGAAAGAAAGAAGGAAGUCAAGGAAUGUGAUAUUUUUUUUUUCUUUUAAAGAAGACAGGAAAUCAUGCUGUUGGUGUGUUGGGAGAGAGUGGAACUGGACAUUUUUGUGAGCAGCGUCUUGCUCUGUCUAGAUGUUAGUUUUUCUUUUGGAAACCCAUAGCUGGGGUAGCAUGGUGAUGGUAUGGGUUAUGUGAAAGAAAGGUUUGCGGUAAAGUGUCAGAUGGGGAAUGCGUAUGUGUAUGUUCGUAGGCCAAAAUGAAUCAUGAACUCAUAUCAGUAAAAGAAAAAAGAAAAAAAAAUCUAAUGAUGUUAGUUUGUACAGAGGGAUCGAAUUGUAUUUGUUCUUAAUGUUGAGAUUGUGUAUGCCAUUGAGUCUUGUACAUUUCCUUCAUUUUAUUGUAAAUACAGAAAAAAUGCCACCUGGUUUACGCUCAUCAGCACUGGUAAAGACUUGUGCCAUGUCAAAUCUAUAUUAUAGAUCUAUACAUAUAUGAAUAACUAAAAAGAGGAGGUAAAGAUAACCAUUACACAAACAUGCAAAGAUAAUAAAAGUUCACUUUUGUUUUUUAAAUGAAUUGUGUAAUUGCUGACAUUUUGGUGACUUUGCAGAUAUUCUCUUUAUUUUUCCAUUUCCUGUCCUAGACCUUUCAUGGGACGGAUCACUGCCAUUUUCUAUGCACACCAACCAACAUAAUAAAUAUGAAUGUUUGGUCUGUGAA